CUGACCCUCCCCAUUCAUGCUCUGUCUCUGUCACACAAAUAAAUAAACGUUAAAAAAAUUUAAAAAUAAUAGCAAUAGAAUUGAGUUGAUCAAAUAGUGGUUGGGGUAGGUAGUCCUCUUCCUUCUUGAUUCCCAAACCUCAAAGGAAAGUCUUCUGACCCUUAAUGUAAUUUCACCCUUGCCUCUUCAGAAUAGAAUUAGUAUUUUUCUUUCUUGAAAUUUCCAUUUUUCAGCAGCCUCGGGGGAUUGUAGAAUGCUAGUAAUUACUAUUGGCAGGAACUAAGUCAUUUGAAGGUUUUUAUUUUUAGCUGUUACUUAUUUAUCAGAAUAGGUAACAUUGUUAUGGUUGCAAUACAAGUUAUAAAAGUUUUACUGUGAAAAAUCUCCCUGUCCCCAGCCACCCAGGUCCCCUUUCCAAAGACAUCAGUGUUAGAGUUUCUUGAAACACUUUUAUAUUUACCUAAAGGGCUGCUUUUGUUGGUUUGAUUUUUAAGGUUGUCAUCGGUAAAUGAAUUUGUUCUUGUUUCUUUUGUGAUUUGUUAAACAUAACAUUUUCAUUCCCUAGCCUAUUCAUCUUUUUUCCCACUUUCUCUAUCAUUUCCUAAUUGAUUAUAAUAUAGAACUGCAUGUCACUAGUUCUAUGACCUUAUUGACCUGAUGCAUAAAUUUCUAAGCUGUGAAAUAGCGAAAACACACCUCUCACACCUUUAUAUGAAAGAUUUAACUAGAUAAUAUUUAAGGUCUUCUUCGUAUCUUGUUUGUUGCAAAAUAGCAGACAUUCACUGCUUAAUUUUCUAUUUCUAAAAUUUGAAAGGCGAGAAGUAAAAUAGUUUCUAAGAAAACUGAAGUUUUGUGUAUGUGAACACAGACAUUUUCUUUCUCUUGCUAGAUUCAUGGCACUCAAUAGAAGAUUUCUUUAUCUCUUCUCUGGUCUGUAUCUUAGGAGUCACUUGAAUGAGGUAGAACAUCUAAUGGACUGGGAUGCAAAAGACCUGAGUUUUGUUUUGUUUUAGGUAGGCUCUAUACCCAACAUAGGGCUUGAACCCAUGAUUGUGACAUCAAGAGUUGCAUCCUCUACUGCCAGAGCCAGCCAGGUGUCGCAAGACCCGAGUUCUCAUUCUAGAUUUUAAUACUACUGAGCUGUGUGUGUGUGUGUGUGUGUGUGUGUGUGUGUGUGAGACUGUGAGCACCGAUGUGACCAGUGGAUUCGAUGAUUUCUUUUUUUAAAAUGUUUAUUAUUUUUGAGAGAGAAAGCAUGAGUGGGGGAGGGGCAGAGACAGAGGAAGAGAGAGAAUCCUAAGCCAGUUCCGCACUCAGCCCGUGGGGACCCCUAUCUGGGGCUCUAAGCAGCUGGAUCUCAAGACAGUGAGAGCACAGCCUGAGCCAUUAUCAAGAGUCGGUCGCUUAACUGACUGAGCCACGCAGGUGCCCCAGAUUAGAUCAUUUCUAAGGCUCCUCAUAGCUUUAAAAUUGUAUAAUUCUAUGCCCUUAAUUGUCAUUGCUACCUGAAAGACUUUAUUAUUUGUAGAAUUGGUAGAUAGCUGCUUGAUUGGUGUUCAAGCCUUCAGUGAGUCCACAGACCCUCUUUUCUCUAUUUUAUCUUUUCUGAAUGCUGUAUUAGGUUCCCAGCUUCCAGAACCUCUCUUCUAUGUGUUACUCUGCACCUAGCGACUAGAUUACUCUUUCCAAAGCAUAAUUCCAAUUUCAUUCUUGAGCUCAGAAACUUUUAGACCUUCUCUACUUCCUAUAAGGUUAAAUGCCUGCCCACCCCCACCUCCUUCCAUACACUUCAUCUAUUUUAUUGGUCAACACUCAUAGCACUUGGCAGUAUUUGAAAUUAUUUAUUUAUGUGACCCCUCAUAGGACAUAAACUCUACAAAAAGUUUGUUCAUCUUGUACUCCAGAGCCCAGAAGAUAGUGUAAGGGUUAAUUUUAUCUGGACAACUAGUCCACACGGUGCCCAGAUAUUUGGCCAUAUAUUAUUCUGGGUGUGUCUGUGAGGCUGCUUUUGGAUGAGAUUAACAUUUAGGUAAAGCAGGUUGCUCUUCCUAAUGUGAGUGGCCCUAAUCAGUUGAAGGCUUGAAAGGAAUAAAAAAGCUGAUCUUCCCUCAGUAAGAGGGAGGUUCCACUGCUUGACUGCCUGUAGCUGGGACAUUGUUUUUUUGGUUUUUUUUUUUUUGUUUUUUGUUUUUUUGUUUUUUUUGUUUGUUUGGUUUUCCUGCCUUUGGAAUUAACUGAAGCAUUGGCUCUUGGGUCUUGAAUUUGCCAGCUUUCAGACUGCAAUUUGCACCAUCAGCUUUCUUGGGUGUCUCUCAACUACAGAUCUUGAGACUUCUCAGCUUCCAUAAUUGCAUGAGUCCCUUCCUUAUAACAAAUAUCUUUAUAAACAUAUAUAUCCAAUAAAUUGUUUCUCUGGAGCAUGCUAAGUGAUACAAAUUUUGGUACUAGGAGUGGAGUGCUGCUGUGAGAAAUAUCUAAAAAUGUGGAUGUGGCUUUGGAGUUGUGAUGGGUGGAGGCUGAGAGAGUUUUCAGUUAUGUGCUAGAAAAAGCCAAGAUUUCUGUGAAGGAACUAUUGGUAGACAAAGACAUUUAAGGCAAUUCUGUUGAGGGCUCAGAAAGAAAAAAGUGAGAGAUGGAGACCAAGCAUCCAUUUUCUUACUGAAAUACAUAAAUAAUCAUGAACAGAAUGUUGGUAGAAAUAUAGAUGUUAAAGGCUCUUUCAGUGAGGUCUCAGAGUAAAUGAGGAACAGGUUACUAGAAACUGGAGGAAAAUGAUCUUUGUUAUAAAGUGCCAAAGAACUUGGCUGAAUUGUGUCCUAGUGUUUUGUAGAAGGUAGAACUUAUGAGUGAUAAAAUUGGAUAUGGAAGCUGUGGUCUGGGUCCUUCCUAUCGCUUUCAGUAAAAUGGAAGAGGAGAGAGAUGUACCAAAGAAGAAACUGGUAUCAGCUAAGAGACCAGCUCAUGCUGUCACUGCUGCCAUCACCAGAAAUAGUCUGCUUCCCCACCAUCCACCAUCAUCCUGUCUACUGGUUUCCAGUCCAAGCAUGCUGUAGUCAUUGUUACCAUCUGCACCACUGAAGCUGCUUCCAUUGGGACCUGACUGAUCUAGGGACAGGCCUUCAGUACCUUGAAUCACCUAUACAUGGAGCACAAAGAUGAUGAUGAUGAUGAUGAUGAUGUGUCUUUUGCCAAAUGGAUGAGCAGCUUCUGGGGUCACAGCUGGAUAGAAGAGAAUGAGAGAGGACUCCGAGACCGUCAUGGAUCACAAGCUGCCAGUUACAGGAAAACCUCCCUGCCCUGCCCAUUUCCUGUGCUUCCCAGAAUCACAUCAUCUGAUAGCCAUCCCAGAAGGCAUUCUCAUGAGGACCAGGGAUUUCGAUGCCAUACCCACAUGCGGGAUUAUAGAAAAUGUUCAGCAGAUGAGUCAUUCAAGGAGCCACUGGAAUCAAAAGGAAGAUCCCAUUCCAAAAUUCAAGCAUUCUCAGAGUCCUUUGAACAACAACUGUGCUUUAGAACCAGACGCUCUGUCUCUUUGGGACCUGAGAGCAGAAAGGAGAGAAAUGAAAGAGAAUGUCUGAGGAUGGAGAUAAAAUCUCGAAAGAAAAUGGAGGAAAGAAGGAAAUCUAGGAAGGAAGAACACAGAGAAGAAUACACGCCCUCCUUGUUUGAAAAAGAGCCCAAAUAGUAUUUUGUCUCCACAUCAUGACUACAGAUGCCACUGUGUUUUUCGGGUCCCCGAAUGCCAGGCCAGGUGGAGGUAGCUGUAAGAGAGUGUCUGCGGGUGCUGAGUGACUGCAGCCGGCAGUGGGUGUGGCAGUCCCCCAAGGUGACUGGGCACCUGCUCCAGCUGCUUCUGGCCUCUUAGUUGAGAGUUGUUGUCCUUUUAUGGGCACAAGGAGAAUCAAAGGUAUCUUAAUAGAAUAAGUAAUUCUUAAAAAUGUAAAGAGAGAUAUUUAAAGAACCACCCACCCAUCUUCACAAACUCUUCUUCUUCCACAUCAACCUUGCAAAUAAUUUCAAAUAAAAGACAUUGGUGUGA